AUGAGCACAGAGGAGGGAGAGGCGAGGGGAGGCACUGCCGUCACCCACCGCCACACCUGGGGUGAAGGCGAACCGGACGGCUCCCAAGGACGUCCGCACCCCGAUGAUGAUGAGGAGGAGCGGGCAGAGCAGAGAGAGGAAGAGGAAGAAGAGGAGGAGGAGGAGGAGGGAGGAGGAGAGGGUCGGAGCUGCGGGGAUGCAUGUGGGGGGAACAGCGGGGGGAAUAUUUCCAGUGAGGAAGGGGCUGUCGGAGGAACAUCGUGCAAGACGCAGGCGAUGCACUCCAACUGCAGCAGCGAGACCUGCAUCCCCACUCCCAGCUGCAGGAUCUGCUUCCAGGGCGCAGAGCAGGUAAAUGCAGGUGAAGGCCUGAUGGGAGAGUGUCCAUCUCUGCAGCGACCAGAUUAAAAAACACACACUCGGUCUGGUGAAUGAAGGUGAGGGCACGGUCCUCUCAGGGCUGAGCUCUGAUUGGCUGACAGAAGAAGCUGGUCUUAUUUACGUGAGGUAAAGCUAUGGAAGUAAAUCUGUGCCAUCUGGUUUUGAAUUAGAAUUUUUAAAGCUGUUUUUUUUUUUGGAUCAAAAUCAGACUUUGAAUUUUAAAACCAUUGAAUUUCAAGCCCGCUUUUUCAUUUCUGACACUAAUUUUUUUCAUGAUGAUGAAAUGAAAAAAGGUCUCAAAAAUAUUUGUUUAGUAAAAAUUCGACUUAAAAAAACUAGGUAAAAAAAUCAAUUCAGUGUUAAAUAAUUCAGUGUAAAAAAUUCAUAGUAAAACAGACUGACUCAACAUCCGGGUAACCAGGGAGAAGCAAUCGAUUUCCGGCUUAAUCAUCUAUCGUCCAGCCAAUCAGUUAAUGCUAGAUUGGUCAUGUGACACAGACCCCUGUGGAAGUUUGAGGAAUUGAUUGCUUCUCCCUGGUUACCCUGGAUAUUGAGUCGGUCUGUUUUACUCUGAAUUUUUUUACACUAAAUUAUUUGACACUUAAUUUUUGUUGAAUAUUAAUGUUGAAUAUUUUUUACAUUUUUUUUUUAAGUCGAAUUUUCACUCAACAAAUAUUUUAAGAAACUGAUUUGUUUUACAGCGAAAACUAGUGUCAGAAAUAAAAAUGCGUGCUUGUCAUUCGAUGGUUUUGCAAAAAAAAUUUCAGCUUUAGAAAUUCAAACUCAGAUGGCACAGAUUUACUUCCAUAUAAACCUGCUGAGUGGAGGCUUUCACAGCUGUUCACAGCCUGGAGACUGGUCUGAUUGGAUGGAUCUCAGAGGUAGAGCCAAUCAGAUCCAGACUUCUGAGUAAACGUGCAAACAUGACAUGUAACAGCUUGAUCCUUGAAAAUCCAAACUCAGAACAGGGAUGGUCGUACAGGAAAGUGAGUAACAAUGACAUGGGACUGAUUUCAGCACCAUGGACAGUUCAUCCAUCAUCAGCACUAAAGGAAGUGAGACUUCAGGGUCUAUUGAGGGGUCCUCAGAGGGCCCUUUGGUACAAAGGUUAAUAUCACUAUUAACUGUUUAACAGCUGAGCCACCUUUGGUUACAAAUAACUCCAUACAUGAACUCCACUAGUGUAGAGGAUCAUAAAGGGAUAUUCUGGUGUAAAAUUAAUUUAGAGUCAAACACACCAGAACACCGAGUUAGACCCCCCCUCCAGAGAUGAAUUUUGCGGAUCGCUUGCUUCUCCAGUUAUACCAUUUUUUCGGUUCAUGGUGAACCAAAUAUUUUCAGUGGGUGUUAAGUCUGGACCGCAUCAGUCCAGUUUCUCAGCAGGACUCCUCUACUACAGAGCCAUGCUGUUUUCAUCCCUGUUGUCAGAAUCUGGUUUGUUAUUGUCUUGCUGAGAUAGUGUUCUUGGGUUAAGCAGCGUCCUCGCUAUUUUAGAGCUGGUGUUUCCUCAAGGAUGGAUGAAUUAUAGGCCUCAGUUUGACUUUCCUGCUCAUCUUCUCAGACGUAGAUAGACAGACGUGGACCUGCUGGGACAAAUGGACUUUGUAAUCUGACUCUCAGCAGGUCUAUGUGGACAGUGACAGCGAGCCCUGAUGAGGGACCAUUCAUCUGAGCAGAGCUGAGGGGAAAGAGACGUCAGGGCGGUAAAUGUCUAAGUGAAUAUCCUGUCUUCUGAACGUGGGCUAUAGCCUAUUAGCAGGGCUAAUCUAAUAGCUCAGCCUCCGGGCCCAGACUGAUAUUUGAUUUUGAUACAAGGCUGGUGGCUGGGCAAGCUCAGCAGUUAGAUCACAAACCAGAAAUUUAACACUUUAAAUCUUUAUUUCUGAGAAGAAAGAGCGAAACCAAUUCAUUUUAGGAUUUUACCCUGUGGAUCAUAGAGCUGUGCCAGAAAAUGACUCGAGUGGUUCACCGACUGUUUAACAGCAGAGUGAAAAAAGAAGAAACUCAAGGUUCGGUUACACGCUUUCACCUUCACGCUCAGUUCUUCUGUCAGACAGCACAAGCUGAAGAUCCACGGACAGAAUAUCACAGAGAAAGGUUUUUGAAAUGAUCAGAGAUGUUAAAAUGUUUGACAGUUUUGUGUCUACAGUCACAGAGUCCUGUGUUUCUGUGAUUCCUAAAACUCUCUAGAGGCAGAGUGAUCAAAUUUGAAUACAGUGACCCCCCGGAGAGCAAAACUCAACAACAAGCAAAAACAACAAAUAAGAAAACACAACAUCACCAGGAACGACAACAAUUAAGAAAACAAGAUGACAUAUUAGAAAAACAAAAAAAUUAAUAAUAAAUGUAUAUUGAUUUAUAAAUAAAUCAACAUUUAGUUUCAACCCAAAGUAAGAGGAAGUGAUAGAAAUGAUUGAAAAAGACGUCUGCAGAGUGACUGUGGUUUAGUUAUUUAGCUAAAGCUAAGUUAGCUUGUUGGACAGACUGAUAUUUUUUGCUGGGAAACAAUUGUGUGUCGUUAUUGUUGUCAUUGUUUUAACUGACACUAUUGGAGGAGAGAAGUUCUGCUCAGUAUGUGUUCUUGUAUAAAGUCAGAUACGACUCAGAUUCCUUCCAAGAACUGAAAACUGUAUAUAUUUCUGGAUUCUUGUGGUUAAGGUGUAUAUUUCUUGAAAAUUACCUGUUUGAGUUUACAGUAUGGAUGUUUUAGAGCUCAGUUAAAGACCGUCUUAGAAGCUCCAGAAAUCUGCUGAUCUUUAUAGAAAUAAAAUAAUUGUAAUGUUUUCAUCAGAUGUCCCCUCAGGGAAUUCAGUCACAUGUUGAAAUUGUCCUUCAUGCUGGUUUUAUCCGUCUUUGCUGGGCAGUAGACUUGCUCCACUUCUUUGGAGCAGAGGCCUCCGAGGUCCUUUUAAACCCACAAGGUUAAUCUGACACGAUGAAAAACGAGCGCCCAGACCACUGACCUUAAUAUACUAUUAAUAUGCCACUCACCGCCCAGCCGGCAGGUCAAAGCAACAGUAAUGGCUGCUGGAGGGAAGCCUCCAGGAAGGAAAACAUCAGAACCAAUAGAUAUGACUGUAAAGAUUAAUGUGCUGCUGCAUCCGGCCGUUAAUAUCCCUGAGUGUUGCAGCUUCAGAGAUGAUCAUUUAUCUGAGCGAUGCUGGUAAAGCCUGCUGGUGAACAAGUCGUGUAUCUUCUCUGAUGUAUGAGCGGCUGUGAGAAAAGGCCAAACAAUGGUGUGAAAAUAAUGAUUUUUAGAUGAUGGGGAAGAUGACACGCCGACCCUGGAAAUGGAUGUAGGAUUAAUACUGGGUAAAGGCUCCACUACUGAACCAAAAACUGAUGCUUUAAAAAAUAUUAUAUAAAAAAUAAUCAAUAAAAUCUGACACGGGUGCUACAGGGAGCGGCUGUUGGUAAUGCUACAGUUAAAAAUGUCCCUGUUUUUUGAGUAUGUGUACAUUACUUUCCCCUAUUUAUCUGUCCAGACCUCAGCAGGGAUAGCGAGUGGGUUAUCACAGUGGAUUUAACGGGGUCCUGCUCACUCUGUUGAGGUUUCUGUCAGGGGCACAGUGAGUUAUAACCAUAGACUGUAUAUAGAAUGUUUUCUAUGAUUGACACUUGAUAUCAAUCACACAAAGAUAGCGUAGCUCACCGGGGGAUACGCUGUUUGAGCCGAGCGUCAUCUCAAACUCCUGCCGAAUGCGUACAACGCUACUGCGCAAUGUUGGUUUCAGGAAAUGGAGAAAAAACGUGGAAUAACUGAAAGCUUUUCGGCUUCAAACCCGUUUAUUGGUGGAAGGCGGAAACCGAGUUGUCCAUAGUAAAUACAGUCUGUGGUUAUAACUCUGAAAAGGUGAGCGGUACCCUGACUGGAUUCUGCUUUGCAUGACCACCCGUUCGUGAUACAUCAUCCCGAUUAUUAAAGGAUCUUGAUUUGCAUAAUAACUACCAACCUGGCUAUCAACUAAUGAAACAAACAGCUUGUCAGAAAAUUUUGAUUCACUAUUCACUAUCAUUAUUCUAUCAGCUAGGAAUGAUGUCCCCUCGGGUUUAUGGUUGCUAGUGUUUCCAUGGCAACUGUACAUUCUUACCCGCUACCUAUGGGUCAAUGAAUAUAAAUAUCUUAUUUAAUUAGCAUUUUUAAAUUGAUACAAAAAAUGGAGGAGGACCUGAUUGAGGUGUUCUGCCCCUAACCGAAUUAUCAACCUGUCUUUAACUCUGUGAAAGUUCACGCUGUGUUUUGUCUCAUAUUUGCUUGGUGUCUGUUUUCUUCGAUUUGGUUGAAGUCUCCUACACAGAGCUCCUUGUGUCUUUGAACCUCUCUUUCUGUUUCUGUGCUGUUUUCAUUCUCUCAUCUGUUUGUCUCGCCGGUUACUGAUCUGUCAUUUACCAGCGAUCUUUGAAAACCCUGAUUUUCAAAAAAAAGUGGGAUUUUGGGUACAGUGUCGACAAAAUUUUAACUUUUUUAUUGUACGUAAAGAUUUGAUUGAGACAUGAGUGGGUAUAAAAAGACAAGCUAGGUUGAGAUGAAGUGGAAAAUUGCCCUGUGGUCUGAUGAAUCAUAAUUUAAAACUCUUUUUGGAGAUCAUGGACCACCUUGUAUAUCGACCAUAAUGAACCGCGUCCUGCAUGUAUGACAACAGCGUGGCUCUGUAGUAGAAAAGUCCUGCUGAUGAAAACAAGAAAUCGUCAACAUAUUGUUGUGUAAAAAAAGUCUUGUUCUGUCUUGUGUUCAUAUUUGACCUUUGCUCUCUCCACAGGGCGACCUGUUGAACCCGUGUCGGUGUGACGGCUCGGUGCGUUACACACACCAGCACUGCCUGCUGAAGUGGAUCAGCGAGCGAGGCUGCUGGACCUGCGAGCUCUGCUGUUACCGCUUCCACGUCAUCGCCAUCAACAUGAAGAGACCGUGGCAGGUACAGCAGAAAACAAUCAUGGUCGUUUUCUUUCCACGUGGACUGUGUCACGCCUGAUUUUGCUCUCCAUACAGAGAGUUAUUCCUGCGUUAAACCAAAACCAGCUGAUACCUGAUUCCCUCUCCAGGUCUCUUUGACACCUCAGAUUCCCCUUCUGUCCUCUUUUACCUCCACAGUCCCACAGACAGCGACUCCUGAUGCCUAAAAUAUCUACAUUUAGGCUAAUUUCCCCCCACAGAACAUCCAGGUCUUUACAGAUCUGUUCACUCCAGAUGGGACUUGAGUCACUGGCAGACUGAACAAACACAGCUGAGGCUCAGCAGAGCUCUGCUUUCUGUCUGUCUGAAGUCUUUUCUUUUUAACAAGCACUAUGCAGCUUCACAAUCAUCCUCUCGGCAUCAACAAUCCUCCAAUUUUCCAUCAAGUUCUCAUUCAGUUUGCUCCUCCUCCAUAUUCGUCUACCCACUAUUGUUCGGAUUUGUGUGAACUCGCAGCAACCUGCAGCAACUUUUCCCAACUCUUUAUGGUCCCUGUCCAGCUUCUUCUGGCCUCUCUAUUUCCUCUGAAAAAAAUAAGGUGAUCCACGGUGUGUUUGACCUUAAAAUAAUUUUAUGCUGGAAUAUCCCUUUAAGUACAGAGCAUUAUUAGUACCAACUUUGACUAGUAACAUAUACUAACAAGAUCACACAGAAUACUAUUUUCAAAUGCUCAAGAGACAUGAACUCAAGUUUGCAGAUCAAAUAUCUGAGGUGGUCCCAAAAUGAAGGCGGUCUAACUGUUUUAAAACGCUCUUCAAGUGGCUCCAUCGGUUCCUGGUUACACUGUGCUUGAUUAUAGAUGCAGAUAUCUAAGUCCACGUCUCUUCUGCCCUCUCUCUCUUCUGUGUACAGUGGCAGUCCAUCACCAUCACUCUGGUGGAGAAGGUGCAGAUCAUCGCCGUGUUCCUGGGCUCUCUCUUUCUGGUGGCGAGCAUCUCCUGGCUGCUGUGGUCGGCCCUGAGCCCGCAGGCCGUGUGGCAGCGCCGAGACGUCCUCUUCCAGAUCUGCUACGGCAUGUACGGCUUCAUGGACCUGGUCUGCGUAGGUGAGGCUGGGAAUAGUCUCCAGAUAUACGUAACAAAAAUGUGGAGAGUCAUGGAGAAAAAGGAAAGAAGCCGGUUUAUCAUUUCUGAGGUUACAUAAUUCAGUCUAAAGCACAGAUGGAGCAAAGCUUUAGUCCAGGAACUCACAGAUUAGCUGCUCCAUGAAUGUUUUACUUUAAUUCACAGGCUGCUCGACGACAGUUCACUAUAAACAUCCACUCAUAUUUACACAGGUUGACAGAACACCUGUUAGAGUCUGAGUGAAUAUUUAUCUCUGAUUUACGGACAAAGAUAGCCCUGCGGAAGUGUUCGUCACACUCUGUUUGAAAACUCCACCUUCGUCUCUCGAUGGUGAGUGGUCUGGAAGUCACACAGUUAAAAUCUAAUUAACACAAUAAUUCAGAAUAAUCAUAAUCGAUAAUGGAACUCUGUUACAUCAGUUUAAGUCAAUAUAAAAUUAGAUAAAUUAAACUCACAAACUGUUUAAAUCUGAAAAAUCUGGAAAUUUUGAAAAGAACAGAAUCUAGAAAAGCAUCCAGGCAGCAGUUUUGAUGUAUUCAGGGAGAGAUUAUCCAUCUAAUCUGUUUAUGUUGUCACCACAGGAAGGGCAUCCAGAGGUCAUUUUUUAUGUUGUAGCCAAUAGAAGCUUCACAAGAGGAUUUCCUUUUUUGUUAUGUUUAAUGGAAGAGCACUUAGAAGUUAAAAUUUAAUUGUGUAUCCAUAGAGAGGCAUCCAGAGGGUAUCUUGUCAUUGUAUCAACUGGAAGGGCAUCCUGAGGACUUUUAAAAACGUAUCUACUUUAAGGACAUCUAAUAGGAAUAUAUACAUUCUAUCCACUGGAGGGACAUCUAGAUGAUUUUUUGUAUAGUCCAACUGGUGUUUUUUUCCCCUAUUCCUUUACAGGAACGGCAUCCAGAGGGGAUUGUUUUAGUGUAUUAACUAGAAGGGGACAUACUCAGGUUACCUUUUUAAAGUGUAUUAAGUGAAUGAGAUGAGCAUCCAGAAGGCCUUUUAACGCCAUAUCCAGAGGAAGGGUAUUUAGAAAGUAUAUUGACAUUGCAUCUAAAAGGCAGGCAUCAUUUUAACUCUGUAUCCAGUGGAAGGGCAUCCAGAGGUCAUUUUGUAUGUUGUAGCCAGUAGAAACUUCACAAGAUGAUUUCUUUUUUUUUUGUUAUGUUUACUGGAAGAGCACUUAGAGGUUCACAUUGUAUGGUGUAUCCAUAGAUAGGCAUCCAGAGGGUAUCUUUUAAUUGUAUCAACUGGAAGGGCAUCCUGAGGACUUUUAAAAAUGUAUCUACUUUAAGGACAACUAAGAGGAAUAUUUACAUUCUAUCCACUGGAAGGACAUCUAGAUGAAUUUUUUACAGUUCAAUUGGUGUUAUUUUCCCUAUUCCUUUACAGGAAGGGCACCCAGAGGUGAUUUUUUUACAGUGUGUUUAACAGAAGGGAGCGUACACAGGUUACCUUUUUAAACUGGAAUAACUGGAUGAACAUCCAGAGGGCUUUUCAAACACUAUAACCAGAGGUAGGGUAUUUAGGAAGUAUUUUGACAUUAAAUCUAAUAGGGAGGCAUCAUUUUAACCCCCUGUCUAUUGUAAGGGCAUCCGGAUGGCGUGUUUUUGCAUUGUUCUUUUGUUGAAGGUGAACCUGAUGGACGUGUUCAUGAGGGUGAAAGUCUUUUCUUUAGUAAUCAGAGCACAUAUUUUCAGAGUUCUUCAGGCUGUAAAUGUCAGGUAUCAGCAAAACAAGCAGAAAACACUUUCCCCUCCUUCAUUUUACACACAAGCCAGACACCAAAUUCAGCAGCUUGAAUUUUAAGCAGGCUGGCUGUGAAAUGUCUUUCUGCAGUCUUCGAAUGAAACUGAGUUGUCUGGGGAUUGUUCUGAGGUUGUCACGGAGACGGAGAAACUAUCAGGUUAAAAAAAAGAAGCCGAGGCACACUGAUGGGACCCAAAGUCGACAGAAUUUACAAUAUCUGAUUUUUAAUAUUUCAGAGAGCUGGAAAAACAUGUUUUAUUAAAAAGUGACGUGAACCAGGGAAUGCUCUAUUUUUACAAUGACCUUUCUGUUCUUGUAACAGGCCUGAUUGUCCAUGAGGGGGCAGCAGUGUACAACGUCUUCAUGCGCUGGAGGGCCGUGAACCUCCACUGGGACGUCCAGAGCUACGAUAAGGCCAAGGACAUGGAGGAGACGAGCACCGGACACUCCUCGUUGGCCCCCAGGACGCUUUGGCUGCCUUUGGCCACCUUUGGGCCCAGCGGCCCCUUAAACCCCACCCAGCUGGGGCCACAGUCAUGGACCUGUCUCUGUUUGGCCCCUUUCUGCCCCGGCCUGGUGCCCCGAAACAAUCUCAGUCAGGACAGUGACUCAGGAGAGGUGGUCAUUCGUGUAACGUCAGUGUAA